GACCUUCUCUCUCUCUCUCUCUGAUGGCUAUAUGGGAGUUCUUAAUACUGAGCCUUCAAUGCUGGAUUAUGGUUACUGCCAGCCUCUCUGAUCUCAGGGCCAGGGGGCCCCUGGACUGGCUCCUCUCCGAUAAGGGCCCGUUCCACCACUGUCAAGAGUACACCGACUUUGUAGAAAGGAACCGACUGGGCUUCUCUACCAGAUACAAAAUAUACAGAGAGUUUGGGAGGUGGAAAGUGAAUAACUUGGCUGUGGAACAGAGAGACUUCCUGGACUCCCCUUUGCCCCUCACUCCUGAAUUUAUCCGAAACAUACAACUUCUAGGACGACGACCAACCACCCAGCUGAUUACGGAAAACCUCAUUAAAAAAUAUGGGACUCAUUUCUUACUGUCAGCAACACUUGGAGGAGAAGAGGCCUUAACUAUAUUUGUGGACAAAAGAAAACUGAGUUUCAAAGCAGAGAGGAGUGACAACUCUAACAGCAGCACUUCCGUCACACUGGAGACACUCCACCAGCUGGCGGCCUCCUACUUCAUUGACAGAGAGAGCACGCUGCGCAAGCUGCACCACCUCCAGAUAGCCUCCACUGCCAUUAAGGUAACAGAAACAAGAACAGGCCCACUUGGUUGCAGUAAUUAUGACAACCUUGACUCUGUUAGUUCGGUACUGGUACAGAGUCCUGAAAAUAAAGUUCACUUACAAGGUCUGCAGGUUAUUCUGCCAGACUACCUGAGAGUCCGCUUUGUAGAAGCUGCUCUCAGUUACAUUGCCUGCAAUGGUGAGGGUGACUUUGUAUGUAAAGAUAAUGAUUGCUGGUGCAAGUGCAAUCACAAGUUCCCAGAAUGCAACUGUCCUUAUAUGGAUAUUCAAGCAAUGGAGGAAAGCUUACUUCGGAUUACUGAGAGCUGGAGCACACUUUAUAAAGAAUUUGAGGAUUCAGAUGAAUUCAAAAUGUUCCUGGCCAGACUCCCACAAAAUUAUUUCCUAAACAUUUCAACAAUACAGCAGUUGUGGUCAAUGGACAGUGUAUUUCAGCGCCGCUAUGCGCAGAUGGAGAGCAGCAUGAAUGGGCUGUUUGGAAGGGCUCAAAGAGUAGUGUACAAGCUAUUCAAUCUGAGCAAGAGGUGUCAGAAACAGCCACAAAUUACAUUACCCAAGAAAAGGAUGCAGACAUACUGGUUAAACUACUUCCAGUCCUUACUGUACUGCUCAGAGAACAACCAGCUUGGUUCAUUUUCUGAGGAGACACACAGCUGCAUUUGUGCAUAUGAGCAGAACUGCCAGCUUCCCAUGCCCUGCCCAAUAGGGGAAGCACAGGCCUGUGAUAUGUGUGCUGCGGACAACCUCACCCGCUGUGGAAGCUGCAACUCCGGCUACAUGCUGAGCCAAGGUUCCUGCAAGCCCAUGGUUGCGGACUCCACUGAAAACUACCUGGUUUUUGAAACAGACUUGCAGGAUCUUGAGCUGAAAUAUCUGUUGCAAAGGGUAGACAGGAGGCUUGAGGUCCAUGCCAUUUUCAUUAGCAAUGACAUGCGCCUUAACAGCUGGUUCGACCCUUCCUGGAGGAAACGUAUGCUACUUACUUUAAAGAGCAACAAGUACAAGUCCAAUCUUGUACAUAUGCUACUGGGUAUAUCCCUCCAGGUAUGCCUGACUAAAAACAGCACACUAGAGCCAGUACUAACAUUGUACAUUAACCCUUUUGGUGGCAGUCACUCAGAGAGCUGGUAUAUACCUGUAAGUGAGAACAAUUUUCCUGACUGGCAACCAACUAAGCUUCACCUUCCCCUGGAGUGCUAUAACUGGACCUUGACCCUGGGUAACAAGUGGAAAACCUUCUUUGAAACCAUUCAUAUCUACUUGAGGAGCCGUGUCAGGGCACAGAGCAGUAUCAGGAAUGACAGCUCAUACUACGAGCCCCUGGAGAUCAUCGAUCCCUCCAGGAACUUGGGCUACAUGAAAAUCAACAGCAUCCAAGUGUUUGGCUACAGCAUGCACUUUGACCCUGAGGCCAUUCGAGAUCUCAUUCUGCAGCUGGAUUAUCCCUACACACAGGGGUCACAGGACUCUGCACUGCUGCAGCUGCUGGAGAUCCGUGACCGGGUGAACCGGCUCUCACCGACAGGUCCACAGAGGUUGGACCUCUUUGCCUGCCUACUCCGGCACCGACUCAAACUGACAGCCAGUGAGGUGGCCAGGAUCCACUCCUCUCUGCAGGCAUACAGCAGGCGCCUGCCCAACUCUCUGGAUUAUGAGACCACUAAACUUUGUAGCUAACACUGACACAAUUGCAGUAUACUUAAAGAGGCUGUAUGUGUUGUUAAACAUUUAAGUAUUAUAUACAUUGAGCAGGAGAGGAAUCCUCUGCCUGUGGUCAAAAAAAGAUAAAAGAUAAAUGUAAGAUAUCAAAUUAUAUGAACCUGUUCAGAAGAAAAUGCUUAUUUGUAUGUACUGCAAGCAGUAAGGUGUGUGGGGUGUACAGUAUAUUACAUACAGUGUACAGUAUAUUUGUUUUUAUACGUUGUUUUUAUAAGUUCUGUUGCUUCAGUGACAAUUUUCACACUUGAAAU